GAAAAGACAGAUAGACUCUGGCAGGGAAAAGGCAAAUUCGACUUCAGUCAUUCUGGAUAAACUCGACGGCUGAAAUCAGCAGUUUGUUUCAUUCGACAUUUGCCUCGGCUCAUCCGGCGAGCGGCUAGCAUGACGUCUCGGCAUCCUCCAUCCCGGCCUGCAUCACCAACGCCCUUUGCCCGCCGGCCUUCCGUGUCGACGCACCAGCCACCACCUUCGACUCCAUCGUUUGCGUCAUAUCCGCAGCCGAUAAGCCGACCUGCAGAUAAUAUAUCGCGGGAAUUUCCCCGCGACGCUCCCAAAGGUCCCAAAGCCCUCUGCAACAAUAACAACAAUAAUAAUAGCUCGCUUCCAUCUUCAUCGGCGGCCACGACACCUUCGUCUGCGCACUCGCCGCAUAAAUCGAACUUCACCUUCCCGUUGACCCAACAACAGUCAUCGCACCAUUAUGCGCCUCCAGGAUCGGGUGUACCGCCGGCUCCGCGGGGUCCAGUAGGUAGCGUGGGCGGGAGCUCGUACACGCCUUCGGGACCGCGCGGAGGCACCGGAAGAGGUGGAGGUAGUGGAGGUAGCGGUGGCUCGGUGGGUGCGAAUCGGUCGCCCGUCACAUCUACCGCGCCAGGUGGCUCAGGCCAUCCGGCGCCGCUGGGAGGGCCGUUUGGCAGCGGGUACGUUCCGGAGGGAGACAGGUACAGGGGAAGCAGCCGGAGGCGAUCGGGUGAUUGGAGUGACUCCCUGCGUGGAGGACGAGGGCGCAGUAGGGAAAGAGACUAUUCCGACUACGGCAGUUCGCGUGGUAGUGUGGAUCACGGACGGGGUGGAUUUGGAUCCAGGUUCAACGAUCGGGAAAGGGAUUUUGAUAGGGGCCGCGACUUUCGAGAUGGAAGAGGUGGUUACUAUGGACACCGGCCGAGAUCACCUUCGAGGGAAAGGGAUAGGAUAUCGCCGUAUGGUCUUGGAAGGGGCGACAGAGACCGACACGAUCGCGGGCUUGGGUUUAUCGGCGACCGGAGGCCAGAUCGCGAGAGGGACCGCGAACGCGAGCUACGAGACCGUGAGCGCGAAAGGGAAAAGGAGAGGGAAGUCAGGGAACGUGAGCUCAGGGAGCGCGAGAGGGAGAGGGAGACGAGGGAGACCAGGGAACGCGACCCCCGCUUUCCACCCGCACCACGACCAAUACCAGUACUGCCGGCAGCAGCAGCAGCAGCAGCAGCGGUACGGGAUAUCCGAGAGAGAACUCGCGGUUCCGAAACCAGGGAGUUUCACGGCCCUGUGGACUCCAGCCAGGCCGACCGCGACCGGAUCAAACGGGAGAGGGAUGCCGCAGAAUAUUCCAGUAACUCUGGACCCCCGUCAGCGACUUUGCCGCCGGCGGCUUCUGCAGCUUCGCCGCAACCUACGACCGCUUCGUCUCGCCAUGGGAGCCAGCCUGCUCCGACACCACCACCGCCCCAGGCACCGCCGCGGAUUCCCACAUCAUUCACCAGCCAACAUCCCGCUCCGUGGGCUGUGUCGGUCAAUGGUGCUGGUCCGCGGGAUAGGGAAGGUGGCAUGAAGAAGGAAGACGCACCAUCGAAGCCAAUUGAGCGUCGUGUACCACCUCCGGCGCCAUUGGAUCUUGCACCGUCACGGCCGAAACGGGACUCGAUAGAAGAUGAGAAAUCAUUCUCUGCGUCUGUACCAUCGUCAGCCCAUUCACAGCCGACUUCCCAGAUACCAAACGCGUCCAGUCCGGCAUCAGGACCGCUGUCAGCUCCUCCACUCAGGUCUUACUCACCCUCUAUUCCGUCCCAGCCAACCCUCGGUCAUCGGUCCGGAAACUCUAUGUCAGGCGUUGGUGUUACACCUCCGACUGGCCCUAGAGCAAGCCUUCCGCCCACUGGGCCCCGCGGUCAUGUUGGCCAGGGUGAUAGGAAGGAGAAAUGGUCGGCGGAGCCGACGUGGGGGAAUGUUCAGCAGCAGCAGCAGCACCAGCCACAACAACCACAACAACCACAACAACAGCCAUCCCAGCAACAGCCUAAGAAGGUUCCCUCACGGGAGUCGCUGCGUGAGGGACCCCGCGAGGCACCGCCAAGGAACGACUUUGGUGGUGCUGGCCAUGUUCAUCCAGAUCGGAUGAAGGAGAUUGAAACAGCUGCAAAAGUACUAGAGGAUAAGGAUGUACCGCCGCCGCAGGAACAGACGGUCGCCAGUAGAGAUUUCAAGGAAGCUUCCGGACCUCCUCCUCCACCUGCACCCACGCUUUCUCAGCCAAGUUCGAGUGUCGUAUCUUCGCGUCCAGGAAGCUCGUCAUCGAACCAAGGAUUCCGGGGACACUCACUGGGUCCUUCAUUCCCUCCGACAGUGCCCGCAAGCUCGACAACGACGCCGGCGCCAACCGGUUCUGUAAACGACAUGCAUAGUAAGACUCCGCCUACGGGACCCAGGAACUAUUGGCACCGUGGGGAGCGGGUAGGUCUUGGUUUCCGGGUUGCAUACUCACCGGAUUUGAAGGGGGGGCCUGGUGGCGGCAAAAAUAUCAUUCCAGCAUUUCGUGGUAAUAGAGGCGGAAUUGCUCGGGGUAUAGACCGUGGCGGCAGACGAACUGGCUCGGGUAGAGGCGGAAUGAACGGGGAGCGUGCUCGCUCUCGGGAAACACCAUCGGAGGUCGACUCGGUUGAAGCUAAGACCGACGAUAGGGGCCGAGAGAAAGAUGAGAGACUUGCAAAGUCCGAUUUCGACAUGGUUGAUGCACCCGCGAAUGCGAUGGCAACCAUCGCGAGCGUAUCAUCAAUCAAAUCCGAGAAGGAACCCAGUGCCAACGAGAACCAGGAAACAGCAACGCAACCGUCUCCGCCGGUAAAACCGGAAGAAGAAGAGGAAGAAGAAGAUGGAAUGGAUGAGGAUGAGGAUGAAGAUAGACUCACCCAGCAGGAUGUCAUUGUCAAAAUUGCUGACCUGGAUCGUGACGUCGAGCGACUGGAAGCCAAACUGUUGGAUCUCGCUGCGCGCAAGGCUGAGCACAUAUCCGCCAUCAAGGAGGAAGAAGCACGGGAAGCUCUGGCUACAGCCGAGCCAGUCCCCGCUGUUGAAGAACUGGCUGAGGAUUCGAAACUGGUCAUCAAGCAGGAGCCGACGGCAACGUUGACACCCUCCAUGUCGCCGACAUCGCCUACGCCAUCGCCCUCUGCAUCUUCUGGUUCGCCUGCAUCGCCCACUUCUUCCGAAGCGGAUUCGAUGGAAACGGAGUCCGAUGAUUCGUUCACUGCUUCCAGAAAGUCUGCUCCUGCCGAUCUUCCGUACUUUCACUUUGGCCCGGUUACCAAACCUUCAACGCUGGAAUUCUUCCAGGCCAAUCUCGAAGAGCAUGCUGACAUCAAGGAUCUACUCACCUUGGAAAUCUCCAAGCACAAGAAGGAGGUUUUUGAGAAAGGCAACAAGUUGAAGCGAAAGUAUAAGGAACUGCACAACGAGUGGAGCCAGAAGUGUCGUGAGCUCGACAGGGACUCUAGGAAGAAGAAGGGAAUCUGCGAGCCGGCCGAUGCGGCGGGAGUAUUGCCUGCACAGGCCGUUACCCCAGGAUCGGAACCGGUUACCCGUCGCCGAGGAGGAAACGUUCCGGUCGGCGAUGUUGUUCGUAGCGAGGCGGAGAUGGAGCAAGUGAUGAGGGAUCUUGCGGAGCAGGACGCGGAGAAAGAUGCCAGGGCUAAGCUUGACGGUCCCAAGGAGGCCGUCGUACCGGAUAUGAUCUUGGAUGAUCGGGAGAAGCUGAUGUUCCGCGACACCAACCGCCUGCUGAGGACGAAUGAGGAGAUCCUGCAGGCGUACAGGUACGAGAUCCCUGCCGACGACUUCAACGAUGAGGAACGAACGAAGUUUUGCGAGCUUUACAUACUGUAUCCGAAGCAAUGGCACAAGAUCUCCGCUGGAAUGGAGACCAGGGAUACCAAAGCUUGCAUUCAACACUACUACAUGACCAAGAAGUCGAUUAACUACAAGGAUCUGCUCAACAAGGGUAAACGGACUCGCAGAAAGCGUGGCCGCGGCGGCGCACCGCAAAAGACUCGACAGAGCGCGUUGCUUGCGGAUUUGGGAAAGGGAAAGGGAGCCGGAGGAACCGGAGAAGAUGAGGAUGGAGAUACUGAAGAUGUCACCCCUGCACCCAUCACGGAGAGAGGACGUCCGAAGCGUGCAGCUGCUCCCACUUUCGGCCAGGAUCCUAGGAAUACCGACAACGGUUUCAAGGCUGACGAGGGCGAGGUUCAGAGCGGUAGUCGGAGAGGCGGGAAUAAGGACAGCAAGGGUGAUGAUGAUGGAGCUGAGAAGGGGGGUACUAAGAGAACCAGGGGAGGAAACAAUGCUGGACGUGAGAGGGGUAGCAAGCGUGUCAGGACUCCUGCUGCCACUCCAGUGUCCAGUGUUCCCGCCACUCCGAUGCCUCAGCCCGUUCUCACCCCAAUCGUCGAAAAGAAGCCGGUAAAACCCAAGGAAGAUCUGGGGCAGAGGGAAUCGGACGCAGUGAGCGCAUUAGCUGGUCUUUCGAGCACGACGCCGGAAAUCGCGCCGGCCCCUCCUCCGAUCAACAUCGUCAUGUCCACCACCACGGAGAUUCAACCUCAAACAACUCCCCGGACCGCUACGUCGACACCGAAGAAGGAUAAGGAUAGAUCUGAUCGCUCGAUGGGUCCGGCUACGUCUAGUUACUGGAGUGUGCCAGAGCAGACCGACUUUCCGCUCCUUCUUGCGUCCUUCGGAACGAACUGGGGCUUGAUCAGUCAGCGACUGGCUACCAAGACGACUGUAAUGGUGCGGAACUUUUAUACCCGCCAGGUAGAAAGUGGAAAGUCUGAGUACAAGGAAAUUGCCGACGAGGCCGAUCGUAAGAUCAAGGCCGGUGAGACGAUGCCUCCGGCGCCAGCUCCUGCUACACUCCCAAAGAAGCGCUACGACAUGUCCAGACCUCUGCUCAAUGAUCCGAUGGAGAUCGAUACCGACAAUGUUAACCGCGGUUCUGUUCCUCCUCCAAUCUUUGGCCCUGUACUCCCGCCGCCGCAGACACCCCUGCAGAAGCCUGCGGCUGGUGCAGUAGGUACCCCGCCAGUGAUGCCAUUGCAAUCCAGCAGCACGCCUACGCCAAUCGUGGUACCAACACCAGUGUCAACGCCAGCGCCAACGCCAAUACAGACACCAACGCCGACGCCAGUGCCAGUACCGGUACCAGUACCAGCGCAAGUGCCAGUGCCAGUGCCAGUGCCGAUGCCGAUGCCGAUGCCGACGCAGAUGCCGAUGCAGAUGCCGACGCUCGCGCCAGUGCCAGCACCGGUGGCAGCUGCUGCGCCAGUGGUUGUCAAACUGGAACGCAACAUUGCUCCGGAGAGGCCUCCUGCCGAGAGCAAGCCAAUGGAAUCGUCCCAACGUCCCGUCAAAGAGCGGACGUCAUUACGGGAGAGGAAUGAAAGGCCCGAAAAGAUCGAGAGAAUGCCCCCCCAGCAGGAGAGGUACCUGGCCGAUCGAGGACCGCAUAUUCCUGCCACUCCACCUUCUCAGCAGCCUCUAUCGGUUGGCAUGAAUGCCCCGCAUUCUCAAUCCCAGCACACGUCGCCGGUUCGCCCGGUACGUGGCCAUUCACUCUCGAUACACAGUGCGUCCGUUCCGAACACUCCGGUGCAAUCGACCAAACCACGUGAAUUGCGUGAGACCCGGGAAGUUGGGCGUGAAGUGCGGCUAGAUACUGCUCCCACUCAGCGGUCGGCCCAGAAGCCGCCACAGGCACCUCCGUUGGCGCUGCCACGCCAGGAAAGGCCCCCGCCCGUUGUUAUCCCCUCACGGCGUCCGAUAGAGCAUAUGGAGCGCAGGGAGCUUGGGAUGGCGCAUAUGUCGGCGUCAAUGCGUGGCCCAAUCGAAGUUUCUGCUUCGUCGCCGUCGGUGCCUCCGACCCAGCAACAGCAUGCACGAUUCUUUGACGUCACCCAUCAAGGACCAGAUAUGCCUAGGGCAGGGGUCCAGCAACAGACCCAGAUGGCCAUUCCUCAGCAGCAUGCGUACACUCCACAGUCGCAGUCACCCAUGCACGCGCAGCAACCGUCGAGAGGUCAUCCCCCGCAGCAGCAGUCGCAACCGCAACCGCAACCCCAGCCCCCACAGCGACCGCAACAUCAGGCACAUCCUCAGCAACAUAUACAGGCUCAGCAGGCUCAGCACCAUCAACAGCAACAUCCCCCUCUCCAGCAGAUCCAGCAGGGUCCGCAACCAUUGCCGUCGUUACAGCCGUUGCAACGUUCUCAGGCCCAGCAGCGUCCUCAGCAGGUCCAGCAUCAGCCCCAGCCUCAGUCGCAGCAUCAACACCAUCUGCACCUCCAACAGCAGGCACAGCAGGCACAGCAGGCACAGCAGGCACAGCAGGCACAGCAGGCACAGCAGGCACAGCAGGCACAGCAACAGCGAGAGCAGCAACAGCGAGAGCAGCAGCAGCGAGAGCAGCAGCAGCGAGAGUGCAGCAGCGAGAGCGGGAGCAGCAGCAACGGGAACAACAGCAAAGGGAGCUGCAACAACGGGAACAGCAGCAACGGGAACAGCAGCAAAGGGAGCUGCAACAACGGGAGCAGCAGCAGCGGGAACAACAGCAGCGGGAGAUACAGCAGCGAGAGCAACAGCAGCGCGAGCAACAGAAGUUGCAGCUCCAACAACAGCAACAGCACGUUGUCCACCAGCAACAUCACCAGCAGGCGCAUCAGUUGCAUCUGCAAGCCCAGGCCCAGCCACAGCCGCAGCAUAUGCAACCCUCGAGACCAGUACCGCACCCCACAAGUACGCCGCCGCCGGGUGAGCCUUUACGCAGACACAUGAUGCCUCCAUCGCCUCGGUCGACCCCAGUGUCCAACAUUGCGCACAGCCAAUUCCGUCCGCCCUCCAGGCCUCCGUCGCCGCCGCAAAGGUCGAUCCCACAGGCUGCGCUCUCGGCACCACCGCCGUCCCAGGCUCCUGUUGCUUCUUCUCCCAUGCACACCAACACUCCACCACCGGCUGCUACGAAGCCUGCAAGGGCCAUUAACGUUAUGUCUCUGCUGAAUCCUUCAGAUGAUCAGCCUACGUCGCAUCCUCCCAGUAGACCUUCUUCGGUAGCCCCCACCCGUCAUGUCCCUCCCCCUCCACCACCUCCGCAGCACUUCCAGGCCCCGCAGACUCAGACACCGCGUCCGACGUCUAUUCAUGCG